AUGUGUAGAAAGGCGACCAAAAUGGGUGCUCUCAGGCCUCUCACCUUGAUAGUUCUAAUCGGAUUCAGCUUGCUAGUCGGCCACACGACGGCGCAGGAUGUUACAGAAGUUCCAUCGACAACCGUCCCCAGCAGCGACGCAACCCCAGUCGGGACCACAGCCACCCCACUGGAGGUGCUACCGUUGAGUAGCACCGUGCCGGCCACGAACUCGUCCGAAGAAGUUGGUCAGCAGCCAAAAGCGGCUGACUCAUCGGAGACGGAACCCCCGAGUACCGCUCGGUCCGAGGUCAAGAGUAUCGCUGGCUCGGUCGAUGAGAUUACGUCGACAGCGCGACAACCCCCCAGCAUCUCGACGACGACGGCGCUCGAGUCAGAUGUUUCCCCAAGUUCGGCACCCAUCACCACGACGCCCAGCCCGGCCAAACCGGUUAUCCUGCACGUCAAAUCGGCCGAAGAGGAGGCGAACGAUCGUGGCACCAAUCCGCCCUCGAUCCUGAACCACUUCCUGCCGAGCGGCGAAAGCUCGUCCGAGGAACUGCUCAAGAUGAGUGACGUGCGCGCGUCGGCGGAAGUUCGCGGACGCGCGAUCAGUUUCGGACCCGCGGAGCCGAUCAACUUCGUGACGGCACCGAACCUCGUCACGACCACCCCACGGCCGCUCGCGUCGAACGAGGAUGCGAUGCAGACGAUCGGUGCCGGGAUGAAGUCGAACGGCUUCGAUGACCUCAGCAACAUCAGCAUGGAGCCGACGGUGGCCGACGAGCAGGAAGUAGGCGCGGUGGGCCGCGCAAAGGACGACGCCAAGCCGGUCGACGCCGAUGACGUCUCGAUGCACGAAAUGCUGACACCCGGCGAGUGUAUCUUCAACGGCAUCGAGUACAAGACUAACGCCACGGUGGACAAGGGCUGCGACGAGCGGUGCCACUGCGAGGAGGACGGCAAGUGGCGCUGUGAGCCCCGGUGCGGCAAACCGUUCGUGAAGCGCGGCAAAACGGCGGCGUCCACCGGCAACGGGUGCUACGAGAAUCCGUCCAAGCUGGACGAGUGCUGCGCUACGGUCAUCUGCCCCACGGAACGACUCACCGACGGACGACUGGAACCGACACCGGUCUCGGAGGAGCCGACCACGGCGAAGGCGAUCGUUACGGGCUGCAUCUACAAGAAUCACUCGUACGGCAUCAACGAGCGGCUCGAGGUGGGCUGCGAUCAGAUCUGUACGUGCUCCAGCGACGGUGAGAUGGAGUGUGCGGCCCGGUGUGCCCCGCUGAACGCGACCCGCUCCGAGCAGUGCGUGGUGCUGCCCGAUCCGCAUGAUCCGUGCUGCAAGCGCGAGUUUUGCGACGUCACGCUGGACGAUCACGAGCAGAACAGUGGCACGAUGAUGAUGAUGGCCCCGGCCGCUUCUUCCUCAUCCCCGUCGACGACGGUGGGACCCGAGCACCCGCCGCCGGCGGUCGGUGGCGGGCAGUGCGAGUACAAGGGCCGUGCGUACCGACUGAACGACCAGUUCCACGACGAGUGUAACGCGCUGUGCCUGUGCACCGAGGCCGGCAUGCACUGCGCGAAGAUCGAGUGCCCGUCGGAGUUCGGGCUGGACGUGCUCGAUCCGCACUGUCUCAAGUGGGGCCCGGAUCCGGCCACGUUCCGGGCGAUCGCGCCCCGCUGCUGCCCGGAGCGGAUGCGCUGCAUCGACAAUGGCACUUGCGAGUACAAGGGCCAGUCCUUCGACAACUGGUCCGACAUACCGAUCAAUCUGACCGGCUGCGAGCAGCACUGCUACUGCGACACCGGCAUCGUCGAGUGCCGGCCGGCGUGUCCCACCGUGCCGGCCACGCCACCGUCGCAUCUUCCGUGCAGCGCUCGGAACGCUCGCCUGAUGCCCAUCCCGGGCGAGGAGUGCUGCAAGCACUGGACCUGCAGCCCGGCCGAUAACGGCGUAACGAGCGGCAACGACGUACUGAAACCCUUGCUCAUGCCGGACACAAUUGACCAAUUCCUGUCCACCAGACCGCCCGCCAAGGUGGAAGGCGGUAAGGCACCACCGACGACGACGACGACGACGACGGACGACAACGACAAACAUUCUGACGCUCCCGAAGUCGGUCCGGCGCCGGCACCGUUCUAUCCGACGGUUGACGGCAAGCCGCCGAAGGUGCCGCAGGAAAAGCCCCACAAAAAGUACACCAAAGAGGACGGUAAUAGGAAGGAUCACUUCAAUAACAUAUUCGGCGGUGCCCAGCACCCCGAGCUGGAGGAUCCGGCAGACGACGCGAAGUACGAUUACGGGAGCUACGAAGAGGGAGGGGGAGCCAUGAAACCGGCCACUCUCGGGGUACAGCGUCCCGGGCCACCCGGGUACUAUGGGCCGGAGCUGAAGCCCCACUACGAGAAUGGCGACUUCAACCCCUAUCUGCAUCCGCUGGUGCCGGGCGUGACCGGGGGCCAAGCCGGUGGCAAUCAGCCUCAGCAACAGCAGCCGCAGCAGCCCGGUCAGCAACACCCGGUUCUGGUGGACAAACAGUUGCUGAAUGUGCUCGGUCCGAACGGUCCGGGUGGCCUCGUGCCACCGAACAUACGCAUCGAGCAGCUACUGCAGCACAUCCAGAACACGCAGGACGCGGCGCAAGGGACGGCGCAAGGGCCAGCCAUACUGCACGGUCAAACCAUUCCCAAUCAUCAUCCUCCCUAUCAGCCACAAAUCCCACCACCGCCGCCGCCACAAUCGACUGGCAAUGGCAUCAAUUACAACCAGUACGGUACGGACCCGCAUCACAAUCCAUCGCACCUAGACAUUGGCAUCGUGUCCCACGAGCGGCCGGCGGCACCACCGACAGGUCCCGCAGGACCUCCGGGUCUCGGUUUCCCGACACUUCAGCUCGAUCUGAAAGUGCUAGCCCUCGAUGCGAUCGACGCCAGCACGGUGCGAGUGAUCUUCCUCGUGCCGCAAGUCUACGUUGGUCUGCACGGGCGCGUGGAACUGCGCUAUACACGCACCCGCAACAACGACACCACCACCUGGCAGUCGCAGGUGUUCGCCCCGCCGGACGAUCUGAUAGCGACCCCGCAGCUGGAGUUCGAACUGCCGGGCCUGAACCCGAACACUGAGUACCGCGUCAAGAUCACGCUUAUCCUGCGUGACGUCAACUCGCAACCCUCUAGUCAAGUGUACACCGUGCGCACUCCGCCGGACCGAGUCAUUACGCCGCCGCCACUCGGCAUCGGCAGCGGACACUUCCCGCACAUGAGUCACCCGACCAACUUCCUGAAGGAGAUCAUCCAAGACCCGGAGCUCCGGGCGUCCGAGGUGAACUCGACCUGGGCCCGCAUCAACUGGCGCAAGCUGGACGACGAGGAGCUGGACUACGUGGACGGGAUACAGCUGCGGUACCGGGAGAUCGACGGGAAGGUGUACGAUGCGACCCCGCUCAUCCACCGGGCCCUCAGCGAGUACACGGUGGAAAACCUGACGCCUCAGACCCGCUACGAGGUGGGCAUCUUCUUCAUACCCUUCCCGGGCCACGGCGAGGAGGUGCGCGCGGGCGAGAUGCUGCACAUCAGCACCGCGCCACGGAUCGACGUGUACGGCUUCGAGGUGGUGGUGAACGCGAGCAAAAUAAAGGCUACCAGCGUCGAGGUUAGCUGGUCCGGGGUGCCGUACCCGGAGGAUAAGUACAUCAACAUUUACCGUGCAAUCUAUCAGAGCGACAGUGGCAAGGAAGACUCCAGUGUGUUCAAAGUGGCCAAGCGUGACUCGACGACCGGUACACUCAUCGUGGACCUCAAACCGGGCACCCGGUACCGGCUGUGGCUCGAGAUGUACCUCACCAAUGGUGGUAUUAAGAAGAGUAACGUAGUCAACUUUAUCACCAAACCCGGCGGUCCUGCCAUCCCGGGAAAAACAGACAAACUGGCCGCAGCCGGGGCUGGUGGUAACGUGAACGGUGACUACUAUGGCCCGCUAGUGGUCGUUGCGGUGAUUGCGGCCCUAGCCGUAAUGUCAACGCUAAUACUGCUGCUCAUUCUUACGCGACGGAGGGUCCAGAGCGCCACCAUUACGCCGCCACGCAAAAACGAUGCUUCGUACGAUAAUCCGAGCUACAAGGUCGAAAUACAGCAGGAAACGAUGAACUUAUGAUGCGAACGCAUCUUGCUUUGAAGGCCCGCGCAGGGAAUCGACUGCGGGGCACUGCAAACGUCCUGCGUGCGAACGGAAUGAUUGAUAUUUAUUUGCGCCAAGAUGCGCACCGAGCCCCGCACACCGGAGUCUAGAAGUGAAAGGAAUGCGAGGAAAGGUCGGCACUCGUGUAAAUAGUAAUAUGCUAAUAAUCCGUCCGCCAAGCAGGGGAUUGGCUGCGCUGGGGAAAGAUACAGAGAGCUCACAGCAUCAUACCAUCCAUCGCCCAUACUUGCAUGGCCAUAGUCUCUGUUGUACAGACCCGUGACUUAUAGAGCAAAUGGCAUAACGGACCCCCGGGGGAAUCUGUUGCGCAUCACAUAAAAGAAAACCAUGUAAAUACUAUGCGGACCUGCGGAAAAAAUUAUCGCGAAGAGGUCACUUGCCCCCACCGAGGGUA